UUCUGGAAGAGUCUAGCCCGGCUGACUUUGCUCUGUUCUGUGGCCCCAGUUGAUUUCCUUGCUUUUGUUCUAAUUGGUCCUAAGAGUUCCCGAGGAAGAAAGUUAGGGUGAUAACAUCUGUUAUCUAGAGAGAACCUUCUAAGUUCCAGGCAUGGCAUCAGGUGCAUGCUCUGAGCCCUCAUCCCGAGGAGGCCGAGUGCUGAGGGUUAUCCUGGGGCUUCAGCCGCCAUAUCUGGCUCUCCAAGGUUAAAUCAUGAUUCAAGGUCACCCAGCUGGGAGAUGGUGGGACUCAAAUGGGACUGCAGCUCUGUCUAAUUCCCAAACCCUUGCUCUCAUCAAUAAUCCAUCUGUGAAGGAACAAUCUAGAAGGGAUAGCUUUGAGGAUCUCUUUUUUUCUUGGAGUGUGUAGAUGUCAUAUUUGCUAAUAAACACUGGUCAGGCUGGGCAUCGAGUCUGGGAAUUGGCUCUCCACGUGGUGAGCUGCUCAUUAAAGGACCUGGAAAUGUAAAGGUGCUUAUUCCCAUCUCAUGCUAAAAAUGGAAUGGUACCCUUAGAUGUGGCUGUGUUUGCCUGGAACGGAGCAAGGGGUGAAGGCUGGAAGGAGUACCAGCCGGAGCUUUAGGACGGACAGACGUCUGGUGUGGGGCCGCUGCGGGGUUCCUGGGGAGCUUUCAGUUUUCAGGGAUUUGAGGCCCAGGGGAGGCAUGGUCUUCCCACAGCAGGUGGCCCAGGGUCCCAGCAUCCGUGGGUUUCCCCGAGGCUGGCACCUGUGUUGCGACCCUCUGAUUUUCCUAUUGGCAGUUCUUGGCUCUCAGAUACGUGGGGUGCUGUGAUUAAUGAAACAAUAACUGUAACAGCACAGAGUGCGUUCUUUUCUCUCCAAGGAUGUGUGACCGGAAUGGUGGCCGGCGGCUUCGGCAGUGGCUGAUCGAGCAGAUCGACAGCAACAUGUACCCAGGGCUGAUUUGGGAAAACGAUGAGAAGAGCAUGUUCCGGAUCCCUUGGAAACACGCCGGCAAACAAGAUUAUAAUCAGGAAGUGGACGCGUCCAUUUUUAAGGCCUGGGCAGUCUUCAAAGGGAAAUUUAAGGAAGGGGACAAGGCUGAACCAGCCACUUGGAAGACAAGGCUACGCUGUGCUUUGAACAAGAGCCCAGAUUUUGAGGAAGUGACAGACCGGUCCCAGCUGGACAUUUCUGAGCCAUACAAAGUUUACCGCAUCGUCCCCGAGGAAGAGCAAAAAUGUAAAUUAGGCAUGGCGACCCCUGGCUGCGUGAGCGAGAUCACCGAGAUGGAGUGCGGGCGUUCCGAAAUCGAUGAGCUCAUCAAGGAGCCUUCCGUGGACGACUACAUGGGCGUGGUCAAACGGAGCCCCUCCCCGCCCGAGGCCUGCAGGAACCAGCUGCUCCCGGACUGGUGGGCACAGCAGCCCAGUGCAGGCUUGCCACUGGUGACGGGGUACGCUGCCUACGACGCGCACCAUUCAGCCUUCUCCCAGAUGGUCAUCAGCUUCUACUAUGGGGGCAAGCUGGUGGGCCAGACCACCACCAGCUGCCCCGAGGGCUGCCGCCUGUCGCUGGGCCAGCCGGGCCCGCCCGGCGCCAAGCUGUACGGCCCCGAGGGCCUGGAGCUGGUGCGCUUCCCGCCGGCGGACGCCAUCCCCAGCGAGCGGCAGCGGCAGGUGACGCGGAAGCUGUUCGGGCACCUGGAGCGCGGCGUGCUUCUGCACAGCAGCCGGCAGGGCGUGCUGGUCAAGCGGCUGUGUCAGGGCCGCGUGUUCUGCAGCGGCAACGCCGUGCUCUGCAAGGACCGGCCCAACAAGCUGGAGCGCGACGAGGUGGUCAAGGUCUUCGACACCAGCCAGUUCUUCCGAGGUCUGUCCCUUGAGCCCGAGGAGCGGGGGGCACGGGGUGCAUGUGUGGGGGGGUGGCAGUUCCGGUCCUGCUCUGUGCUUUCUCGCCCAGCAACCCUGGGGCACCUGUGUGUAGAACGGGGGUGCGGACACAGCUCCUUUCCUGAGUGGCUGUGGGGAGUGUUAAGGACUCCCGCACCUCCAUCAGGGACUGUCCGCAGGUCCUGGCAGCCGGUAAGAAAUGCAGAGGCGCGGGCCCCACCCCCGCCUGCAGGGCGAGACCCGCGUUUUGGCAAGGUCCCCGGGGAUCAAGGUGCACAUUCUGAGACAGGCAUCCUGCCCUGGUGCUCCUCCUGGAAGGUCGGGGCGGCCCUGAGCUCAGCCGCCCNCUACAACAACCAGAGCCGGCUUCCCGACGGCAGGGUAGUACUGUGCUUCGGAGAAGAGUUUCCAGACAUGACCCCCUUACGCUCCAAACUCAUCCUCGUGCAGAUCGAGCAGCUUUAUGUCCGGCAGCUGGUGGAGGAAGCUGGGAAGACCUGCGGCACCGGCUCCAUGGUGCCGCCUCCCGAGGACCCCCAGCCAGACCAGGUCUUCCGGAUGUUUCCAGACAUCUGUGCCUCACACCAGAGACCUUUUUUCAGAGAAAACCAACAGAUCACGGUUUAAGCCUGCCUCUUGGGCACCCCAUCCUGCCCACAUCUCGCGUUUCCCUAUUACAAUUACUGUCGUAAUUAUUUAAGGAUGUCGAUCCCUGUGACCUGGGGCGGGAUGCUUCACUCUGCUCUUAAUUCAGUAAGGGCGCUCCCUGAGGACUUGACCUUUGCAGCGGAACAGGAGCCUGGUGCGGCUCUGAAACAUGGAAACGUCCCCAGAUGAUCUGGAUGCUGUAACUAUAACCUGUGAUUCAAACAUUUAUUUCCCGCAUUUCCCCUAAUUAUCAUUAGUUGCUAGAUUCUUCCAGCAUUUGGGGAUAACUGGCUACUAGCACAGAGCCGCCCCAGGAAAAAGAUUUGGAGUAGAAGGUCAUCUUGUCAGAACAAGGCUGCUUUUUGUCUUCCCUUGUGUUAGAGCAAUAGCUUCAGGAUUUCAUAUGUGUGAUCCCACGUGGAGUAUCUUUACUUUUUCAGCGUAUUAAUAAGAUAUAGAAAUACUUAGAUAACAGCCUCCCUUCAGCAAGUGAAAGCAAGACUCGGGGCUUGUGGGAGGCCUGCCCCCCAGCAGAUGAACUGGUGCCGUGACCAUCUUCCCUGUGGGCCUUACUGCCCGGAAGCUUAGAGCUAAAUUUGUUUUUCAUUUAAUUAAAUCAUUCCCUGAUCCCUUGCUCUUUUCUUUCUAAAUGGUUUUGACCUGUUUUAAAAAUAUGCAUACUUUACUUGUCCUACUGUAAACUGCUUUGCAUUUUUUUUUUUUAUAAAGUGAGCAGGCUGUAAACCACAAAUUCAAAAAGUAAUGGUAGAUCUGUACAAGCAUUUUGAUUGUGCCUUCGAUUCUGUGCACCCAGAGCCCAGCCGGUGGUGUGGAGCGUGGGUGCACGCCUCGGGCGGAUUGGGGAGUAGGUCACCGCCACCCUGGUCCUGGGGCGGAUGGCAGGGACAAUGCCUUCCCCCUCCCUAGGACUCCUCGAGGUCCGAGGUGGCCUCGGGCCAUACCAAAUUCUAUUGGGUCGAGUAGUAUGGGGGGACCCCAAGGGGGCCUUCCCAGUUUGAGCCCCAGAAGAACUUCGGCUGUUGGCUAGUGAAGAAUAUGCACUUACUGCCCCCACACGUGUCAGAACGGCGAGGACAGGUCAGCUGACCUUCUGCGGUGCACAACACAGCUCCACAACGGCUCUAAAACCAUUUUCAUGGUUAAAAAGCACUUGAACAUUUUUUUCCGGGAAAAAAAAAAUGUGUAUUUUGCUCCAUUGGGUGCCUCUUCCCCAUCGGUGCCUGGGUGAUGUGCCGGACGGAGGCCGGCCAGCCAGGCGGGCACAGAGCAGGUGUCUGCCCUAUGCCCCUGGGGAGCCAGCUCCCCGCUCAGUGUGGACACCAGGCAGGGCUGUGGGGGCUCCGGGGGCUCUCCUACCACACUCUGGGGGGUGGGGACGAGUCUUUGCCCCAUUCUUUUCCCUUUGUACCCCAGCCUGGUCCCCACAGGCCCAGGCUCAGCCUCACCGUGAAGGGCAGGAAGGGGCCUUACCUGUCGACGUGCACUUUGCGAAGUGGGGGAAGCUGGAGUUUGGGGGACAGGAUUGCCCCCCCUUAGCUAACCUGGCAGCCUUGUCACCAUGAGUCUGACUUAAAAUCCAAGCCGAAGAACGUCCGUUCCCCACGACCGCUUCCGUGAAGGUGAUGGAGGCGUGGUGUGUGGACCGAGGCUUUGUCAUCGUUGGUCCCUUGAACUGUUUGAAUUCACCUGAAAAUAUAGGGAAAUUCAGCAAAAGUGGCUUUUCCAUCUGUUUUCUGAAAUUAUGUCAGAACAGUGGGUUUUGGUCUCCAGCUCAAACAAAUGGUAAAGCAUAGAUCUUGAAUAUGGUAAAUGAAUAUUUAUUUUUGUAUCCACUUAAAACAUUGAUCUUUUUUGUUCUUCAUUAAAAUAAAGUGCUUUUUAAAAAGCUGA